AUGAGAGAAAGCAAAGACAUAAAAAAACCAAAAAAGUCAGAAAACACCGAUGUAAGCACAGAAGAUUCUCAUUUAAACAUGCCCCUUGAUACUUUAAACAACAACGACUACAGCAGUACAGAAGAGCAUGCAGCAACAGAAACAGAUACUAGUCACCAAAGCAUUCCAGGCACUGCUGUCAACACAGAAAGGGAUAGAUCGUCAGAAAAAGAAAAGCUGGCCAAAAAACAAAAGAGUAUAAAGAGCGAUGAGCCCACGGAAAAUGCAGUGGAUGGGAAGGAAGACAAGGAUCUAGACACUGAGACGCCCGAAGGCAGGCUAAGAAUGAGAAAUGAAAUGGCAAAAAUAAUUGGUGAACAAAAAAUUAAGUGUGAUAAAUGUAAUAGCGGAUACAUUGGAAUAGGGCGGUCUGGCUAUUUGAAGACAGGAGAGUACACAUACGGAUUUAAAUGUAGAAAAAGCAGCUGUCGAAAACCAGUUGGGUUCUUUGUCUCUGUGCCAGACCAAAAUAAUCUGGACUGGAGUGUGUUUCCACCGAAGAACUCUAUUCCCGGGCCACUUAAGCUAUUUGAAAAGAAUCCAAACUUAGAUUCUUCUGCAGAAAAGACAGCAGAAAAAAAAGCUGCUCGCAGAAAGGAAGAAGCCCAGCCUCCAGCAAUAAAAAAGCAGAUGGUUGAGGAGUAUUCUAGCUUUAACAACACUCCAAUGGAUGAGGAAGAAAACAAAGCCAUAUGUGACAGCGUCCUUUUGGAAACAAAUGAAGACUUUCUUGAUUAUGAAAACACAGAAAAAGAGGAUACAUAUGAAGAAAUAAAAUAUCUGUUUAAGGCAUUCCAAGAAGAUCUUAAGCACAGUAUAACUGAACUUAGAAAUGAAAUGAUGCAUGAUCUUGUGGGUCUUCGAGAUGAAAUAAAGCACGAGAUACAAAGAGUUUCUAACAAUAUUCAGCAUAAUGUUAAACAGCAAAUAAGCGAGUAUGGGCGCGAGUCUGCACAGCAUAUUAAAAAGCUGUGUGGUAAAGCAUCUAAAAACACUCUAUGAAUUAGUAAUGUUGUUUUAGAAAAUAGUCCAUAAAGUAGUAAAAAGGACAAUUAAUUAGCAAUGCACUUAGGCCACCUGGCUAUAUGGGGGUAU